GUCCCCGGGCUGGUUACCCAGGUAACACGGAGCUGGCACGAGGCUCCCUUGUGCUGUCCGGGAGGGGCAGGAGGCGUGCUAGGGGCGGGGGCGGCGCGGCAGCAGUGCAGCUUAGGGGAGGGGACCAGAGAAGAAGGGCCGAGCAAACCCGGAGGAGAGAGGAGGGGAGAUCCGCCACCUCCCUUCAUUGCUCACAGACUUGUUCCCUCCCGGUCUGCGGCUGCUGCAGCAGCAGUGGCGGCGGGACGCAGGAGCAGUCCCGAGGCUGGCAGCGGAUGAGACUGGGACGAACUGAGGCCGCUGGUAGGAGUGGACGACAGACAGCUGGGUGGCAUGGGAAUGCAGGUGCCAGGCGAACUAGAGGGUGGUGCUGGGUGCGCCAUGCCAUCGGGAGAAGAUCCCCUCCCCCUCGGCCUCUCUGAAGGCAGCAAGGGAACCCCUAAAAGGAGGGCUGAGAAGGGACGGACAAGAUGCUAGGUCUCUCUAGAAAGGGGCGGGGAGGAGGGGGGGCUAUUUGAGCCCAAAUGCGCAGCAGGAAAACCCCGCACUGCUCAGGUGGCGCCCAGAAAAGAGGGAAGGGCACAAAAGGAACAGAAUGUGUGGGGUUCGCUGUCUGUCUGCCUGUUGGAGUGUCGGUUAUAUGCACAGAUUUUGAUGAGCUGGGGUACCUUCGGGGUGGGAUUGGAGAGUCUGGGUCUUGUUGACUGUGUUGGAUGGAUUCAGGAACAGACCUAGGGCGGUUCUGUUUAAAAGGGGAUUGUCUUCCCGGGACUCUCCAAGCAGACUUUUGGUAGAACACUUCUCCACCAAGGGUGUCCCACCUCAAAGCAAAGGGAACUCCAACUUUUCCUCCUCUCCCUAGGGACAGUACAGGCUAGCCUUGGCCCUUGGUGAUGAGAGCCCUCUUCUUCCUCACCAAACCUGUCUCCUCCUCUUCCAGGAUUUGCCACUGUCACUGCUGUUUCCUCUUCCCCACGGGCCCUCUCCUAUCUCCCUUCUCUAAGAUGGCAGCCAGCAGCUCUGAGGUCCCUGAAAUGAAGGGGGUAGAAGAUAGUUCCAAGACCCAGAGAGAAGGACCUGACCAUUCUGAAACUGGACUAGGUCCUGCCCAGGUUGUAGCAGAGAUUCCAGACCAGCCAGAGGCCCUUCAGCCAGGCCCAGGUAUCACUGCAGCCCCUGUGGACUCAGGGCCUAAGGCUGAGCUGGCCCCAGAAACCACAGAGACCCCAGUUGAGGCCCCCGAAACAGCCCAGGCCACAGACCUCAGCUUAAACCCAGGAGAAGAAUCCAAGCCCAGCCCCAGCCCCAGCCCCAGCCCCAGCGAGGCAUGCCAAGAGCCAGCACCCAAACCAGAUGCAAGGAAAGAAGCCGCAGCAGAGCAGGAGUCUGAGCCACAGUCUGCAGCCCCUCCUGAGUCAGUCUCAGAGCCUGCUUUCCAGUCAGACCCUCAGCCAGCUCCCCAGCCUUCUCCUAAACUACCCCUUCAGCCAGAGGCCCCCACCCAAGAGGACUCUACCCCUGAGAUCCUGACAGAAAGUAUAGGGGAAAAGCAAGAAAAUGGAGCAGUGGUUCCCCUUCAGGCUGGUGAUGGGGAAGAGGGUCCAGCCCCCGAGCCUCACUCGCCACCCUCAACUAAAACACCACCAGCCAAUGGGGCUCCCCCUCGUGUGCUGCAGAAGCUGGUCGAGGAGGACAGAAUAGGAAGGGCUCAUAGUGGGCACCCAGGAUCUCCACGAGGUAGCCUGAGCCGCCAUCCCAGCUCCCAGCUGGCAGGGCCUGGGGUGGAAGGGGGUGAUGGCACCCAGAAACCCCGGGACUACAUCAUCCUUGCCAUCCUGUCCUGCUUCUGCCCCAUGUGGCCUGUCAACAUUGUGGCCUUCGCUUAUGCCGUCAUGUCCCGGAACAGCCUGCAACAGGGGGACGUGGAUGGGGCUCAACGUCUGGGCCGAGUAGCCAAGCUCUUAAGCAUCGUGGCGCUGGUGGGGGGGGUCCUCAUCAUCAUCGCCUCCUGCGUCAUCAACUUGGGCGGUGAGUGGGGGUCGGGGACAGGAAAGGGAGGAGUGGAAGGGCUGACAAGGGCAGCUUUACUAACCCCUGGCCCUGCUCUCUCUAUUCCUUUGUCUCUUCCUGUCUCUUUCCCUGUCUGUCUUUCCCUCUCCUCUCCCACAGUGUAUAAGUGAGGGGCUCUGCCCUGCCUUCCAAGACUUUUCUUCCUGUUGGGAGCUGUCUUGGGUCCAUCCCUACUCUGGGGGAUGCCCAGUCCAUGGCCCUGGCCCCCAUCCCUAGGGACCAAGGGAGCCUGAGCAGCCUUGUUUACAGCUUAUGUCCUGCUCCUGCAUCCUGCCAGGCUCCACUGCCAGCCAUUGGCUCCCUUUCUCCCUGCACUUUUGCCUGCGGAUCUCCCCUCCUGCCUCUUGGCCUCCCUAACCCUGCACUCUGAAAAACCUCUCUGCACUUCUGGAAGCCUCCUGAACAUCCAAAUUGUACUCUGCACCUCUGCAUCCCCCCCUCCCCUCAACACUUGUUCCUGCCUCUGGAACCCUCUGCACCGUAAUUAACCUUGACCUCCUAACUUUCAUUGUCUUGGUAUCUAACCCAUUCUUCCCUUCCCUUCCUUAACACCUUUUCCCCUUGCCACAUCCCCUGACCCCUUCUGCCUUCUCAUCUUUCCAUCUUCAACCCUCCUGCCACCAUUUAGUCUGCAAAAACUGCAGUACUUAGGUCAGGCUGAGGGAGGAAGGAUGGUGUGGGAAGUGGACUGCCUAACUAGGGGCUCUGACUGUUCUCUGCUGGGGACCACCCGGGCCCAGACCAUACAUACCCAGAUCCCAAUCCCCAAGGUGCCUAUUGGGUCGCAAAGUUGGCCAGCCAGGCCUCUCCUGGGGGACUUGCACCAGAGUGGAAGUCCUUAUUCUGAACAUCCAGGGGAGAAAGGAGUGCCGCAGCGGCUAAAGGGUCAGCCUGAGUUGACCUGCCCAUUUGGGCUUAAUUAUAACCUCAGAGUUUCUUGUUUGAAGGUCUGAGGGGUUUGGGCCAUUCACUUGCUUUGUAAACAGGCAUAUUUAAAAAGAAAAAGAAAAGGACCAAAGUUCCCAGCUACAGGGAGCGAGGGAGGGGUGGAGGAGCUCUGUGAUUAUUCUAAGAGAAUGAGGGAGGUUUGUUGCACGUGACAGCCCUCUGAGGAGGCAGGGAGCCAGCUGCGAUGCAUUUCGGAGUUGGUGGGUUUUUUUUUGUUUCUUUAAAAAAAAAAGUUGGGGGAAACUAAAAUUCCUUUUAAAAACAAUUAAACUGAGUCUCCCUUUUUGUAUGCUGAAUGCUGCAUGAGUUUUAAAACCAAUAAACAGAGAAUGCAU